AUGGAACUGAAAAUUUGACAAGAUUGGACCAAGUUACAUUCUUUCAAGCUAUGGAAUUAUACAAAUGAUCAACGACAUAAUUGUUUGUGUAUCACUCACAUUAUUUCCCAUGAACUCGAAGUUCAGACACAUGCUACUGAAAUGAAUAGCUGGCGUACACCCAAAAAUCUUAAUGGAUAAACACAAAAAGGACUUUUUCUGAUUACUAUUUUCAGAAACUAUAUCCUGUUCUUAACCCAAUUUUAAACAAGCUACCACCUCCACUAAUCCCUAACCAACUCUAUAUCAUUUGACAUUGUCAUCAACUAUUUCAACCCAUGACCUCAAUCUCACCACCGCAACCAUUCUCCUCCUCCAACACGAAAAAGAUGGAGCAAAUUUUAUUCCCAAUCCUCUUCUUCAUCUUAACAUCAAAUGCUCAUCUUUCUUUCGCAGCUCGAACCCUAACAGAAUCCUUAUCUCCUGAUGAGAUGCAAGCUAUCUUGAAUUCUAUGCCACCUGAUACUUUGUCCCAGCUGAGCACUAUGCCCCCUGACGUUUUGGCUCAACUGAGUUCUAUGCCACCUGAAGAUUUGGCUAAUCUUGCCGGCAUUGAUCCAGCCAAGAUUCCUGCAAAUAUACCGAAAGAUCAUAUAGCUAACUUUUUGAAAGAUCACGGUGCGGAGAAACUUCCAGAAGGUUCAAGCAAUCAGAAAGAGGCAAAUAUGACGAAUGUUCCGAAAAUUAAUAUUGAGAGUUUUAAGGUGGAGAUGCCAGAUAUUUCACUGCCUCCCAUAGCCUCUCCCAAGCUUCCUUCUGUGCAAAAGAUAUUAGAUGACCUGCAUGUGCCGGCUUUUAUUACUAAUAGUAUUUUUGCCAAAUAUGAUUGAGGGGCGUAGGUUGCAAUUUGAUUAGUUUGUGUAAUGUUGGAGAUCUCAUUAUACUAUGAUUCAAAUGUUUGUAUUUGAUUAUAUUAUAUGGAGGAAGAGAAAUUGUGGUCUAGCUUUGAAAAUUUUCAAACUUCUUGUUUUGUGCCUUUAAUCUUGUAGAUUGAUGAAAUAGUUAUCUUGUAGAUUGAUGAAAUAUUGACAUCAAAGGUACUCGUCGACGUGAUUGCAAAUUUUGCUCGUAUGAGGUGGCCAAAUGAUCAGGACCUUAAUGAGGAAUUCAUUGUUCUCAUUUUUGUGGUAAGUAUCUUUGAGUUGUGGCUUAUUAUUCAACCAGAUGAAUUAUGGAACCAGUAGCAUGUACCAUCC